CGUCGGAGGCCCUGAGGCGGACCGCAGAACCCAGAGACCUGCUCGGUUUGAGGAAGAGGGAGGUGGAGGCAGGAGGCCUCGGCUUCCGUCUGUCGCUGUUCAGCUCUGCGGCCUGCUCGGACUGCGGAGGAGGACGCUUUCCCCUCCCGCGGGGCGCCAGGCUGAGCCGGGGAAACCGGGGCGACUUCCCCCGUCCCUUCCCGUUGAGGCGCCUGCGCGGGCCUCGCCGACCUAGCUCAUCCGCCUCGGCGCGGACCCCGGAGGCGCCUGUGCGGGUCUCGUGACAUCCCCACCGCACCCGCAAUCAACUCUGCGAGACUCGGCGCGCGAGGCCUCCCCGACCCGUGGGCGCGUGCGCGGGCCCCGCUAGCCCCGGCGCCUGCGCGAGACCCCGACGCCGCCCCCCGCCCCCACAUACCGGGCCCCGGAGCGGGGGCCAGAUCCGCUGCGGCGGGGCGGGGGGGGUGCCCCGAUGAGCCCCGAGUGCGAGGAGCCACCGCCCCCCCUCGCAGGGCGCCAUGUUUUGGAAGUUUGACUUGCACACGAGCUCACACCUGGACACGCUGCUGGAGCGGGAGGACCUAAGCCUGCCUGAGCUGCUGGACGAGGAGGACGUGCUGCAGGAGUGCAAGGUCGUCAACCGCAAGCUGCUGGACUUCCUGCUCCAGCCGCCCCACCUGCAGGCCAUGGUGGCCUGGGUCACCCAGGAGCCGCCUGCCAGCGGCGAGGAGCGGCUGCGCUACAAGUACCCCAGUGUGGCCUGUGAGAUCCUGACCUCUGACGUGCCCCAGAUCAACGAUGCCCUGGGUGCCGACGAGUCGCUCCUGAACCGGCUCUACGGCUUCCUGCAGAGCAGCGGCAGCCUCAACCCGCUGCUGGCCAGCUUCUUCAGCAAGGUCAUGGGCAUCCUCAUCAACCGCAAGACGGAUGAGCUCGUGUCCUUCCUGCGGAAGAAGGACGACUUCGUGGACCUGCUGCUGCAGCACAUUGGCACCUCAGCCAUCAUGGACCUCCUGCUGCGCCUGCUCACCUGUGUGGAGCAGCCCCAGCUGCGGCAGGACGUUGUCAACUGGCUCAACGAGGAGAAGAUUGUCCAGCGGCUGAUUGAGCAGAUCCACCCCUCAAAGGAUGACAACCAACAUUCCAACGCGUCCCAGUCCCUGUGCGACAUCAUCCGCCUGAGCCGGGAACAGAUGAUCCAAGUUCAGGACAGCCCGGAGCCAGACCAGCUCUUGGCCACUCUGGAGAAGCAGGAGACAAUCGAGCAGCUCCUGAGCAACAUGUUCGAGGGGGAGCAGAGCCCCUCUGUCCUCGUCAGCGGGAUCCAGGUGCUGCUGACCCUGCUGGAGCCCAGGAGGCCAAGGUCUGAGUCCGUGACCAUGAACAACUUCUUCAGCAGUGCGGAUGGGCAGCUGGAGCUCUUGGCCCAGGGGGCCCUGGAUAGCACCGCAUCCAGCGUGGGCACCCUGCAUGCCCUGCGCCCGCGGCUGGGCUGCUUCCACCAGCUCUUGCUUGAACCACCCAAGCUGGAGCCGCUGCGGAUGACAUGGGGCAGCCUGGACCCACCGCUGGGCAACACGCGGCUGCAUGUGGUCAAGCUCCUAGCCAGUGCCCUGAGCGCCAAUGACACGGCCCUGACACAGGAGCUCCUGGCACUGGACGUGCCCAACACCAUGCUGGACCUCUUCUUCCACUACGUCUUCAACAACUUCCUGCACGCCCAAGUGGAGGGCUGUGUGAGCACCAUGCUGAGCUUGGGGCCCCCUCCUGACAGCAACCCUGAGACACCCAUCCAGAACCCCGUUGUGAAACAUCUGCUGCAGCGGUGCUGCCUGGUAGAGCGGAUCCUGACGUCCUGGGAGGAGAACGACCGCGUGCAGUCUGGGGGGGGCCCGCGGAAAGGCUACAUGGGCCACUUGACGAGAGUGGCCAAUGCCUUGGUGCAGAAUGCAGAGAAGGGGCCCAACGCAGAGCAGCUGGGGCAGCUGCUAAAGGAGUUGCCCAGCGAGCAGCAGGAGCGGUGGGAGGCGUUCGUGGCAGGGCCCCUGGCGGAGACCAACAAGAAGAACAUGGUGGACCUGGUGAACACCCACCACCUGCACUCCUCCAGUGAUGAUGAGGAUGACCGGCUCAAGGAGUUCAACUUCCCCGAGGAGGCUGUACUGCAGCAGGCCUUCAUGGACUUCCAGAUGCAGCGCAUGACCUCAUCCUUCAUUGACCACUUCGGCUUCAAUGACGAGGAGUUUGGGGAGCAGGAGGAGAGUGUGAACGCACCUUUUGACAAGACAGCCAACAUCACCUUCUCCCUCAACGCGGAUGACGAGAACCCCAACGCCAACCUGCUCGAGAUAUGCUACAAGGACCGCAUCCAGCAGUUUGAUGACGAGGAGGAGGAGGACGAGGAGGAUGGCCAGGGCUCAGGGGAGUCCGAUGGAGAGGACAGCGCCUGGCAGACCAGUCAGCUGGCAAGGGGGGCCUGCCUGGGCCAGCCCCCUGGCGUUCAGAGUGGAGGCAGCACAGACAGUGAGGAUGAGGAAGAGGAUGAGGAUGAGGAGGAUGAGGAGGGCGACAGCCGGGCAGCCCAUGAAGGGACCACCCGCCCCUCCUGCCCCAGCCCUCAACCCUCAGGCCCCAGCUGGACAGCCACCUUGGACCCAGUGCCUACGGACGCCCCGGCUGGCCCCCACAUCUCUGGGGAGGAGGAGCUGUGCUCUGGGCUCCCAGCCCCACAGGGGCCCCCGAACGUGCCCCAGGGCCUCCCUGCCCAGAGCCUGGUCAGCCCUCCAGUCCAUGAUGCCCUGCAGCUCAGGUCUCAGGACCCCAUUCCCCCCAUAGCACCUCAGGAAGCCACAGAUGGCAGCAAAGUAGCGGAGCCCUCAGCCCCCUGCCAGGCCUUGGUCAGCAUCGGGGACCUCCAGGCCACCCUCCACGGGAUUUGCUCCACCCCCAGCUCCUCGGACAGUGCAACCAGAGACCCCUCUACCUCUGUCCCAGCCCUCGGAGUCCCCCAGACCACAGAGGGGGAGAAGAGCCCAGAGCCCGUGGGGCCUCCCCAAAGCCAGAGUGCCCUGCAGCCUCCUCCGAUGCCCAGUGGCUCCGUCUCAGGAGGGCCUGCGUCCCUGGGCCCCCAGUGAGUGUGGCCGCGGCCAGGGGCCGGGCAGGGGGAUGGGUCUGCUGGACCCUCAGGCGACAUCUCCCUCUGUUCCCAGGUAGCUGCCUGGCCGCGGCGGCCAGAUCCUCCGUCCUCCUCAUGGACCUCCUGGGUGGGGGCAGGGCGGGUCCCCCAUGGCCCCCGUUGUCCUCAUCACCCCAACCCCUACGUUCUCUCUGGACUCCCAGGAGGCUGGUGCCAGGGAGACGGCCCCCUACCCCCAUUUGCACUGAGAAGAGAAGUUUGGGAGCUUUGCCUCCUAGAAUAACGAUAUAGAGAGUCUGAUAGAAAGCAGAGAGAGACGUAUAUUAUAUGUUAUAUAGAGAGAGGGAGGAGCGCAGAGAGGAGCGAGGAUGCUGUGCGGGGCCGGGGCGCGAAGCACAACCCUCCUGUCCCGUCCCAGUGGGGGUUGGCGUCGGCGUCACGCACCGGUUGCCCUGUGCCCUGGUGCAGACGCCCACACCCACAUCUGGCCCUUCAGCUCAGGUCCAGCUCCGGGGAUGGCCCGGCGAGCACGGGGGCAUCAGCGGGGCCGAGUAGGGGCUGUGCCUUUGCCCAGACCCUGCACUUCACCCAGGCCUGCCAGCUCUGGGGAGCAGGGGCCUCAUGACAACAUCCCCAGGGGUCCUGAAUCGGGGUUUGGUUGGGUCCCCCUGUGCCCCAAGGGCCUGGAGUCCCAGCCCCAUUGCCAAGUGGCCUUGUCCCAGCUCCCUCCUCCCGGGCUGGCGUGAGUGUGUGUGCGUUCGUGCCGAGCUUUUAUUUCAUAUUGCAAAUAUAAAUAAAGGAAGACAGUUUACGA